UUUUUUUCCCCAUUGGACACAUCUCAAAUGUAACAUUUGUUUCUGAAGGCCAAUCGCUGAAACAUAGUUAUAACUUUGGGAACGUGAACACCCCUCCCCCUAUGCGCUCACUUUCAUAGCCUACUUUCACUUUUAUGCCCUUGGCAUUCGUGGGUGAUCCGAGGCAUCGCCUCCUCGGUUCUGGUUGAGGCGGAUCUGGAGUCCAUCCUCUGCUGCCGUGAUGAAGCGCCCAUCACUGGUCGUUAUGGUUGCAACGUGGUUGUGUGUGAUGGGUUCCAGCAGUAAGUCUUUGAGGUCCAACUGCACAGCUGACCAAGACCACAGCCGUGUCACCUGUGACUUAGACUACACCAGAAUAACUGUCGACUCGUGCGAAUUCCAGAAGUGCUACAUCGACAGCUGCUACGACACAUACGUGGAGGUCACAUACAAGGUGCUGAGCCACCAGGCUGGCAGAGGGACCCUUGUGGUGGACCUGCCCCUCGGUGUUGCUAUCAUCUACCAGCAGGGGGAGACAGAGUGCAACUUCACCCUCCAGACCAGCUGCGGCUCCACUGCCACUGCAUUCACACUGCCGUUUCAUAGGCAAGACACCACAGCUGCAGGGCCUCCAGAUCUGCUGCAGCAGAAAAAUAAUAGUCCAGAGCCCAUCCCUGAGGUUCCCCAGGCCCCCUACACCAUGUCAUCCCCUGUUAAGGCCAUGCUGGGCACUGUUGCCACGGUGAUCAUCAUCGCAGCCAUCUUCAUCAUCAUCAAGAUGAAGACCAGGUGGGGGGGGCAAGGAAGAGGAGAGGAGGUGAAGGAGGAGUUGGAGAGGAGGAGAAGAGGAUAGAGGGAGGGGAGAAAACGCAUGAUGAAGGCCAGGUGGAGGUGGCCGAGAAGGAGGAGAGGAGGGGAAGGAGAAUGGGGAGACUGAGGAGGUGAAGCAGAACGGAGAGGUGGAGAGACUAUGGGGAGAAACAUGAGGUGAAUCUUAACAUUACCGCAGUAGAUGAAGCAUGUUGAGGAGGUGAAGAGGAGGUUGUGAAUGUGGAGGUGGAUUGUGGAUUGAGAUCUCUUAUUGAUUGAUGCUAAUGGUACCAUUUACUUCCAGUGAUUGUGCUAAGCUAUGCUAAUAUGUCAACCUAAGUACUGAAUACACCGAGAGGAAAACAACAUGCACAUUCAUCAUUCAUGUUUAAAAUGUAGAAAUUCUGAAAAUAUGUGAAAAUCAAAAAAGGGUGGACUGUUCCUCUAACUGUGUGAAACAUUCAUCACCUGUACACAGAGACAGGUAACCGGGUCAAUGACGAGUAGCAGCACAUAUCAGGGUGGUGCAACCACAGCUAAUGCCAUUAUUGCAUGGAUUAUUAUCAUUUUUAUUUUUUUGUUUUGAAUUAAGACACAUAUUCAUUGCAUUAUGUUAAUGACCAAUUUCCGAUUACAGUAAUUUAUGGGCAUUAGCUGUGGCUGUAACACCUGAUGUCUGACCCCCUCAAAAAUGUCAUUGACCCAGCGGUAGAUGAAGACAUCUUGAGGAGGAGAGGACGGAGAGGAGAGGAGAGGAAAGGAGAGGAGAGGAGAGGAGAGGAGAGGAGAGGAGAAGAAAGAAGAGGAAAUGAGAGGAGAGGAGAGGAGAAGAAAGGAGAGGAAAGGAAAGGAGAGGAGAGGAGAGGAGAGGAGAGGAGAAGAAAGGAGAGGAAAGGAGAGGGGAGGAGAGGAGAAGAAAGGAGAGAAAAGGAAAGGAGAGGAGAUGAGAGCAGAGGAGAUGAGAGGAGAGGAGAGGAGAGGAAAGGAGAGGAAAGGAGAGGAGAGGAGAGGAGAGGAGAGGAGAGACAGAGGUAACGUCCAUGAGGAAACUACUGCAGAGAACUUUAGGGGGUGAAUCACACCUGUAGACCUGCAUUGAGCCUUGCCUGCCUACCACACACACACACACACACACACACACAAGCUCAGGACACUAAAUAAUGUCUGCUUAUUAGUUUCCAUGUAAUAUUGUUUGUAAUAUCUGGAGGAGGCAGGUUUCCAACCUCUGGAUAUUGUAAGUGAUGCUGUUUGUAUCUUUUAAUAAUAUAAAAAUUGUCCACAUAUUUCAUUGGCAAAUAAUUUAUGUACAUCGGUACAUACAUUUUGUAAUUUAUGUGUAUUUCAUUGCUCUUAUUCUUACCCAUUUUGCUAUUGCAAUCAUUGUUUGUUGUGUAUUCUUCAUUAAUAAUUUAUUGUUUAUUAUUUUAAUAAAAUUGCACACUUAAUGAUGCAUUAUUCUGUAAAUUGAUGGAUACAUAAGCCCUGAAUAUAAAAGACAAAAACUAUUUGUUUUUUAUUUGUUUUUGAAUCGUUGAACCAAAGCAACGACAAUGAUAAAAGUUAAUGUGUCUACUACGUUGCCACAGCCCUAUAUUCCCACAGCCUUAUAGAUCUAUGUUCCCACAGAAAUCAGUGUUGCCACAAGAGAUGCACCGCAUCCUGAUUUUUAGGAUCCUGCCGGAUACCGGAUCCACUGCUUAAGAUCCUGCCGGAUCCGGAACCGGAUACCGGAUCCUACGAAAGGGUUGAAACACAUAGCCAACUCGCACACA